GUGUUUUUUGCCAUAUUCCAUCAUGAGAGUGAACUCUUACUCUUAUACGUACGACUCUGAUUGGGAGUCGGUGACAUCUGCGUUUUGGCGCAAAUAUUGGCAUCCGGGCCAGAAACAUUCGUGUACCUAUGUCCUGAACAGGUAUAUCGACAAGGAUGGAAGACUGGUGACUAAGCGCUUGCAUGUAAUCUACCAGAACCUGCCGUAUUUCAUGCAGAAGAUUUGCGGCAAUAUUGUAACCUAUGGCGGCGAAGAGAGUAUUAUCGAUCCCAAGAAGAAGCAGCUGACGAUCCAUUCGAAGAAUUUGUCUUUUACUCGUCAAGCUGCUGCCUUGGAUGUAAGUAGCUAUACUGUUUGCGAAAAUGACCCUAAAAAGACGGACUACAAGAAAUCAACGAAAACGUUUGCAAAGAUUGCGAUGUUGAUGUCUGGUCAAAUUGAGAGAUGGUAUGCCUAUAAUGAAGGCCAUCAUUUUAAAAAGAGUGUCGAAGUGAUGAACGAUAUUUUGUUUGGAAAAGUGAAGAUCAACUUUGGUUUGGAUGCUAGAACCCCUAAUAGUUCUACGUAAGAUGCAUAUUCUUUUUAGUGGCCAUAUUGAUUAAAU